GUGAAGCGCUCAGGCAAGAACAUCGAGAGGCUCCACUACCUAGGUAAUCCAUGGGAGCCGCCCGGCGUGCUCGCAGCGCCAGCGCUGAUGGUCUUGGCACCGGACUCUCAGGAGUUUGCAGGUGCGAAGGACGUCAACGCGAGAUACUGCAAGCAGAUGGAGGUUGCCAUAGGUCUGGGAAGCCACUACAACAUGCUGCAGGGCGAGCAGGCCGUGGUCCAGGCUGGCAUCGUCCAGCAGUUCUGGCGGAGGAUGUCGAAGACUAGUGGCCGCAGCAAAACCGUUGUGCUGAGGUCCGGUGACGCCGGUGCAGCACGCAUCUAUGCAGUUCAUGGCCUUGAUGGCGAUGUCAUGAGCGAUGGCUCGUCCUAUGCCACAUUGGCCAAGCACCUCGAUCAUUGCAGGGUCUGUGCGCUGGUGUAUGAGGAAGAGGCAUAUGCCUGCGAUUCGGUGCCGGCGCUUGCAUCCUGCUACAACCGUCGGGUCUUAGAUGAUGCCAGAAAGAACGGUGACGUCUCGGACGCGAAUCCCAUCAUUGUCGCAGGCUACUCCUACGGCUGCGUGGUGGCCCACCAGAUGGCCUGCCAACUCGAAGAGGCCGGCAUAUCCGUGUGCCUGAUACUCUUCGACCUGGAGGUUACGUGGCCGCCUCCGGUGACGAACUCCCGUGUUGGUGGCUAUAGCUUCCUCGGAGGAGAGGCUGAGGCGAUUCUGCUCAUCUCACGCGCCUUUGGCAAGUUCGAGUUUGCCAUGAAGGAGGCAGUGGAGCUGAAUCUUGCGAGACAGGCUUCGCAGAGCAUAGAUGUGGAUGCAUUGCGUCAGCGUGCCUUCACUGCGCUGAAUCAGAAAGGGCUGCCCGCCGAGCUGUUUGCUCAUAUA